AUGUCGAUCACAGGUUCCUCGUCGUCACUGCCCGACCCAAAGUACCACUCAUCUGUUCCGCAACAGCCCAACCCCCAAAAUUCACGAUUCCAAGCCCCGCGCCUAACGCGUUUGAUGCGCAAGUCACUAAUUGCAUCCUACAACCGUCUUUCCAAACCCUUCUUCCCCAGCGACAACAAGUCUACACGCAAGCGCUCUGGUUUUCGAAACGAGAUGCGCAAACCGUGGAGGAGACACGAGGACGCACUACCGCUCUGCCCGGACUGCGGCGCCAUGACGUUCGCCGAAUGGGAGAAACGGAGCUGCCUGAGUUCGUUCGAGAUACACCGACAUCAAAAGCAGACGUUGCCGGGAAAAGCGGUACCCGAGUUAAGGUAUGCUCCGGCUAUACCACCGUCCUCGGACGCCAAAGAUGUACGAGUUCUCACGACUGCACCUCCUCCUCAGCACAACACUAAUGCACUAGUCGCGAAACCAGACCGAGCCUCUACUGCGCAACAAGGGCGCACCACUGACCGCACACUAUCUUCGUUUUUUGGUGUCUUGAUACCACUGGGACAGCAUGUGAGCGCGGAAGACCUGCAUCUUGAGAUACCAAACACCGAGACCGUGCGAAAGACCAAGGAACAAACUAUAGCAGUGCCUGGACUACAGCGCUCUGAAGCAAGCCGGAUGAGAUCCGCGGACAUGAUCGAGUUCCUUCAAUACACACCAACAACGGCAAGAGACUCCCGCGGACGAACAAAGAUGGUGAAGAAACGUGAGUAUCCGCUCUACCAGCCAACGAAGUUCCGUCAUUUCGUACCUUUAACAGAGAAGUUCGUGAAGAUACCCGAGAAGGAGGUCGAUGUCUACGACCCGCCGAAGGGUAAACGAAAGCGCAUCCCGUGCAGAGCGCCUUCGCCGCCGGCGCAAGUUCUGCGGUCUACUUGUCGAGUGCUUAGUACUGAAGAGCAGGAUCGGUGGAAGAUACCACCGCUGGUGUCGGGUUGGAACAGCCCGAAUAGAUACGCUAUACCUCUCGACAAGAGACUGGCGUCAGAUGGAAGGGGAUUGCAAAACGACACCAUCAUCGUCAGCAACUUCCACGAGUUCUGCGAAGCCCUAGAGGCUAUCGAACGAUACGCAAGCGAAGACGUCGGCCAGCGCGCAGUGGUACAGCAGCGUAUCAACGAGAAGAACAGGCUACAAAACGAAGCAUGUCUUCGCCAUAUUGCAUGUCAGCAGAGAAACGAUCGCACUAAUUACACCCGCCGCUCAGCUAGCCCUUUCGACUCCGAAGAUGAAGCCAUUCACCGUCGCUUGAUAGCACGCAUUGAGCGAAGACGAGAGUUCGAACGCGAAGAGCGGCGAACGAAGUUAUGA